CAAAGACCACGCCCCCUUUCCUCAUCCCAACCCUUCUUCUCGCCGGCUUUGUGCGCGGCAGCCUGCUGCACAAUUAAACAAUGAGCCGCACCGUGGACCGUCCGAGGUGACACGCACACUCACUCUCGCACGCGCAGCCCCACAUUCUGAAAUCCCGGGACCCGGUCGGCGUGCCUGCGCACCGAUCACCGCCUUCAUCGUCUCCUCCUCCUCCUCCUCCUCUCGCGCCUCUCUCAGCGCAUGGAUGCGUCGUCUACCGCAGCUGUGAAACGGAAUCGGAACUCCUCGUGCUUGUAGCACCCGGGGGCACCGGAGACACAAAGACAAGGUUACAGACACCCAAGAAGUCGCAAGAUGAUCUCCCCUAAAGACAAGCCCAAGAAGAAGCCCCCAAAGGACAGCCUCACGUUGCUGCCAUGCUUCUACUUUGUGGAGCUGCCGAUUGUGGCGUCCUCCAUGGUGUCGCUCUACUUCUUGGAACUGACUGACCUUUUGCGUCCGGCGCAGGUGGGCUUCAGAUGCCACGACCGGGCGCUCAGCAUGCCAUAUGUGGAGAGUGGAGACGAGCUCAUCCCCUUGUUGAUGCUCCUGAGCCUGGCCUUCGCUGGACCCGCAGCCUCUAUAAUGCUCGGCGAGGGUCUGGUUUACUGCUUGCAGUCCCGACUGAAACUGCGUCCCAAGGCCGAAGGCAGCAUCAACGCCGGGGGCUGCAACUUCAACUCCUUCCUGCGCAGGACAGUGAGAUUUGUGGGUGUCCACAUGUUUGGCCUCUGUGCCACAGCCCUGGUGACAGACGUGAUCCAGCUGGCCACGGGUUACCAUGCUCCAUUCUUCCUCACUGUCUGUAAACCGAACUACACCUUGCCUGGUGUCUCCUGUGACACAAAUCCCUACAUCACCCAGGACAUCUGCUCCGGACCUGACCAGCAUGCCAUUUUGUCAGCCAGGAAGACCUUCCCAUCCCAGCAUGCAACUCUGUCUGCCUUCGCAGCUGUUUACGUAUCGAUGUAUUUUAACUCGACCAUUUCGGACAGCACCAAGCUGCUCAAGCCUUUGCUGGUCUUCGCUUUUGCCAUUGCGGCGGGCCUCUGUGGUCUCACCCAGAUCACCCAGUACCGCAGUCACCCAAUCGAUGUCUAUGUGGGAUUCCUCAUUGGAGCGGGCAUCGCCACCUACCUGGCAUUCCAUGCUGUGGGAAAUUUCAAAUCUUCAGAAGAUUCUUCCCUUCCGGCCCCUCGGCCUCAAGCUAAGGAUGCCCUGCGUGCCCUGACACAGCGCGGGCACGACUCUGUAUACCAGAAGAACCACCCGUCGGAGAGCACAGAUGAGCUGGCUGCUCCCCAGCGUAUGGAAGGAAUCAACCGACAGGUCCAACGAGAAAAGGCAUCACUGGGCAGCUUGAAGCGGGCAAGUGUCGACGUGGAGCUGCUGGCACCCCGAAGCCCCAUGGGCAAGGAGAACAUGGUCACAUUCAGCAACACCCUCCCCCGGGUCAACACGCCCAAUGUCGAUGACCCAGCCAGAAGACACAUGACCAUCCACGUGCCCCUUGACCCACUGCGCUCCAAGCAGCUGGUCUCCGAAUGGAAGCAGAAGUCCAUGGAGCUGCGCAGUGUGGGGCUGAACCUCGGGGCUGAGGAGGAAGAGGAGGACAAAGACGACAGCGAGGAGGAGUCCGAAUCAGGAGAUGAAGUGGACGAAGAGGAUCUGGUUGUGCCUUCCUCGUUAUAUCCCACUGUUCAAGCCAGGGCAAACAACACGGGUGCAAGGGUGGUCAUCCCACCCAGGCCGGGGCCACCCCUGCUGGUCCACAUCCCCGAAGAGCCACCUCCGACGUCCCCUAAAGGCUGUUCGGGGGCUCGUGCCAAGUGGCUUUCCAUCGCGGAGAAGUCAUCGGGUGGCAUCAUCCCAGUGCCAACGCCAUCGGCAUUGAGGGCCGCCAACCAGCCUCGCAUCAUGCAAGUGAUCGCCCUGUCCAAGCAGCAGGGGAUGAUUUGCGUCACCCCAAAACAUUCAGAAGCAUCGUCCUCUACUUCUUCCAGCUCCGACUCGCCCCUCUACAAAACGCCCUCGGAAAGGGAUAGCGGCAGCAUUGUCACCGUAGACGCACACGCCGCUCAUCACCCGAUCGUCCACGUGUCCUCGGGCAACGGAGGGGUGGGACCGUGGGAGUGGAAGCAAAGCGCAAACACUUCCAGUAACGGCAGCGCCCCGGAAAUUCGAGAAUCCCACGAACUCAAUGACCUAAACCGUGAAUGUAGUCGGAAUUACCGGCCGGUUAAAAGUGCUUCCCCGGGAUCUUCGGCCAGCGAUCCCGACCAGGAUCUGACAGUCAGCUUCUCGGAAAGCCGCAGCCGGGAAGCCACGCUCCGCAGGAAACCGGGGGUGGGGGUCCUGGCACCGGAGAGGGAGGGCACCCCUCCACAGACUGAGCAAGACCCCUUCUAUAGGAAACUGCAGGCGGGCCGACGGUUCAAGGACUGAAAGAGAAAGUCGACUCGGGCGUCCAGUCAAAGUUCAGCAUUCCAGUUUUUUUGUUUUUUUUGUUUUUCCCAAGUCGUUCAUCGCAUUCUUCAAAGGAAAUUUUGAUCUCCAAGCGAGAGGACUUCCGUAGAGAGGAAUCCAUGUUUGUUUUGUAGUGGCCGAUUCUCCCGACUGUCGAGUAGCUGGUAGACUUUUUUUAUGGGCGGACGUGACGUAUUUGUACCUUUUUGUUAUGCUAUUGUUAUGAAGUGGAAAACAAAAAAAAAAGAAAAAGAGAGAGAGCGAGCGAGAGAAAGAGAGAAAGAGAAAGAGAGAGAGAGAGAGAGAGAGACGGUCGUCGAGAUCACACGGAUACUUCAAUCCUGACACAAAGCCAGGCUGGGCUCGGAGAAUGUUUGCGUGUCAAUUAAAUGGCCGCAGCCUGAGCUUUG